CAGGACUGCAGACAGCCAGCGCUGAGCUUCACCUCCUCUCAGCUCCGCUUCUCCUCGCCAUGGCAGCUCCGAAGAAAGUCUGCAUCGUGGGCUCUGGAAACUGGGGCUCUGCCAUUGCCAAAAUUGUGGGUGCCAAUGUUGUUCAGAAUCCAAAGUUUGACAACACAGUUAAAAUGUGGGUGUUUGAGGAGAUGGUGAACGGGAAGAAGCUGACUGAAAUCAUCAACACCACCCAUGAAAAUGUGAAAUAUCUUCCUGGACAUAAGCUACCAGCCAAUGUGCUGGCAGUGCCAGACCUGGUGGAGGCAUCCAGAGAUGCAGACAUCUUGGUGUUUGUGAUCCCGCACCAGUUCAUCGGCAAAGUGUGCGACACGGUGAAGGGCAAAGUCAAGAGCGACGCACUGGGAAUCUCUCUCAUCAAGGGCGUGGAUGAAGGACCGGACGGACUCAAACUCAUCUCGGAUGUGAUUCAGGAGAAGCUCGGCAUCACCAUGAGCGUGCUGAUGGGAGCCAACAUCGCCAGCGAGGUCGCUGAUGAGAAGUUUUGUGAGACCACCAUUGGCUGUAAGAAUAAAAACCACGGGGCUCUCCUGAAGGAGCUCAUGCAGACCAACAACUUCAGGGUCACUGUAGUGGAGGAGGAUGACGUGGUGGAGAUUUGUGGAGCCCUGAAGAACAUCGUUGCAGUCGGAGCGGGUUUCUGUGACGGUCUGGGCUUCGGGGACAACACGAAGGCGGCGGUGAUCCGGCUGGGCCUGAUGGAGAUGAUCGCCUUCGCCCGCAUCUUCUGCACCGGGGGCGCCGUCUCCUCGGCCACCUUCCUGGAGAGCUGCGGCGUGGCCGACCUCAUCACAACCUGCUACGGCGGCCGCAACCGCAGAGUCGCCGAGGCUUUUGUGAAGACGGGGAAGUCUAUCGAGGAUCUGGAGAAAGAGAUGCUGAACGGACAGAAGCUGCAGGGACCGGCCACGGCAGCUGAGGUUUACCUCAUCCUGAAGCACAAAAACCUGGUGGACAAGUUCCCUCUGUUCAACGCCGUCUACCAGAUCUGCUUCCAGGGCCAUCCGGUCACAGAGUUCAUCAGCUGCUUGCAGAACCACCCGGAGCACAUGUGAACCAGGUACAACUGACAGGAGUGCCUUCUUAACGGAAACACGAGCCGUCAGCAGAGGAUCCACGCAGACGCUACAGACGCUGUAGCUCAGACAUAUCAGUUUCAGGGUUUUUUCUCCUCCCGUCUCCAAAUACAGCGGGUAAAAUAAGUAUUGAACACGUCACCAUUUUUCUCAGUAAAUAUAUUACUA